AUGCGACAAAGAAUAUGGCUGGAGUUGGUAAAAGAUUACGAUUGUGGAAUCAAUUACCACCCGGAAAAAGCCAAUGUCGUCGCCGACGUGUUAAGCAGGAAGAAUCAAGUGGAGUUAGGAUUUCUCCUUACUCAAGAGAAGAACUUGAUCAGAGAAUUCGAGAAGAUGAAAUUGGAGGUAGUAAUACCACCCCAGACGGCAGAGAGUAUGAUUGCUACGCUGAGUAUUACCCCCGACCUACGAUCGAGGAUAGUCACAGCGCAGAGGGAAGAUGAAAAGUUUGAGAAGCUACGAUCAAAGAUCCGAGUUGAGAAGAUGGAUGGAUAUCAUGAAGCGGCAGACAACGCCAUCAUGUUUGAAGGACGAUUGUGUGUGCCUAAUGUGGAAGAUUUAAAUAAUGAAAUCAUGAGCGAAGCUCAUGACACACCCUACGUUGCACACCCAGGAAGUACAAAAAUCUUCCAAUCAACUAUCAACAUGGCUCCAUACGAAGCCCUUUAUGGAAGAAAGUGCAGAUCCCCGUUGUAUUGGGAUGAAGUUGGAGAAAGGAAGAUACUUGGUCCCGAGGCCAUAGAUGAGAUGAUCACCAUUGUCCGACAAAUUCGGCAGAGGAUUAAAGAAGCGCAAGACCGUCAGAAGUCUUAUGCGGACACCAGGAGAACAGAGAUUCAUUUCGAUGUGGGUGACAAAGUUUUUCUCAAAGUUUCCCCAUCUCGAGGAGUGCACCGUUUUGGAGUCAAAGGGAAACUGAAACCAAGAUAUAUUGGACCGUAUGAUAUACUAGACUUGCGUUACCGCCGAGUAUCGUUUCUCGAGGAGUGCACCGUUUCUCAAAGUAGGCCCUGUAGCCUAUAG